GCCCGUGCACAAGGGGGACACGGAGAUGGGCUGCUCCGCGGUCACUGAUAACGGAAUAACGGUCUCCUGGGUCUGGAAAUAACCCCAGAAAGACAUUUUAACAUAUAGCCUUAACGACGUCAUUUUCUCCAGAGAUAUCGUCAGUCCCGGGCCCGGUCAUGAUGGAUGCGUCUGCCGUGAAGAGAACAGCGCCGGUACCGGAGAUCAGCCCGCUGAACCGAUACGACUACACCCGAGCCAAGAGCCGCGCCAGUGUCCGGUGGCUGCUGACCCGAGCACACGGAUCUGAAGAGAGUGUUCCCGCUGGCCUGAAGGAGGCGCUGUCCUCUGAUCAGGAUGGAGAAAUGUGUCCUGCUCUUGAGCGCCUCCUGGUGUCUGGUGAUCUGUACUGCCGUGUAUUCUCCUCACACCCACUCGCGAGUAUCACAGCGCCCCCUCGAGAUCACGCUACUCUACUGCAGCUGCUGAGCCGCUACAGCGUCACACCGCUUCACAUGGACCAGCAGAACCCGGUUAAAGAGACACAACUGACCCAGAAACCCAUUAACAUGGGAGCCCACCUGGCGGUAAUUGAUGCGUUGAUGUCACUGAGUGCCAUGGAAACAGUGGGUCAGGUCAAGAUGGCGAAGGAGACCGAUCAGUUUGGUGGCAACACACGCUGGGAGAACUCUCUACUCUUCUGGAUUAACAAGGUGAACCAGAAGUUGAGGGAAAGUUCUAAUGUCGAGGAGAACCAGAAACCAAACACCUGCACAGACCUGCAAACAGUUCAGCCAUCAUGUCCUCAGCGCUGGUACUGGAAACUGGUCCCACAUGCCAUCGCAUUUUGUUUGAAGGAGUCGGGGAAUAAACCUCCUGUGAUCCGAUACAGGAAAGAUAAGGUUCAGUCUCAGCGGACUCCAGUGUUUGUGUUGGUGUCUGGUGUGAAGGAUCUGUCUAACGGUUGUGCCAUCGCCGCAGCGGUUCACUUCUACUGUCCACAGAUUCUGCCCCUAGAAGACGUGUUUUUAAAGGACACAAUGUCUGUGGCAGACAGUCUGUACAAUCUCCAGCUGAUCAGAGAGUUUUGUGAAACCCAUUUGAAGAGCUGCUGCCCCCUACAGCUGGAGGACUUACUGUAUGCCCCGCCCACUUUACAGUUAAACAUCAUGUGCUUCCUUUCGGAGCUGUUUGCCGUAUUUGAAGUGCAGAAGCCAGAUUUCGUCAAACCCACCCACACACUGGACCUAACAGAUGCGUCCGAUAUGGUUGACUGCACGAGUCCCAUCAGUGGCAACAGCAACAGUGGUUGUCCGUCUUUCCUUCUGAAGCAGCCAUUCGUGCCUCAGUCCUCCUCGAUGUCCGAAGGACGAGGUUGGGGCAAAAAACAAAUCAGCCGUCCUCUCUCUGCUGUGGCAUUUAGCAUUCCAUUCCCUCUGGACAGUGAUGUUGAUGUUGUGAUGGGCAACCCUCUAUUUCGUUCUGUCAGCACCGACAGCCUCACAAUGGCAACCAACCCUGGCCCUUACACGCCCUCAGAGGAUCUGAGCAAGCUUAUUGGUCAGGCUCCUCUAGGGGAGUUGCCUACCUUAGAAGAGUCAUUACAGAUCAUUCAUACGGCCCGUCCUGUGCACAAUGAGCCUCGUCUGCGGCCAGAGGGGGCACCGUCUGGCUUCUAUCUCCACUCCCCAGAUGAGGGUGGGACCGCACUGAGCAGCUCUGCUCCCUGUCGGUCAGGGAUGAUGUGUCGGCCAAUGGGAGGAGGGCCUGAUAGCAGCAGGAACCGAGGUGGUGGCAAACGACAGCCUAUAGGUUCAAAAGAAGACUCUGCGCUUCUUGAUGGAGGUCUAGAGUCUGACACAUCAGAAGACUUCCCUAAAACCUCCUCAAGCCCGGCCAACGGCCCCAAGACUGGCCGAAUUACAAAUUUUGCAGAGCGCAGGAGGAAAAUGCCAGAAUCUCCCAGUAAUUCCAGGUCCCAGGACGUAGAGGAGCAAUUCAGUCCUGCAGGGAUGAGUCCUGUUGGGGCUGCAGAGGCGCAAGAGUUAGGGGCACGUCUGGAUGAAAAACGUAGAUCAAUAGAAGCUCAGAAGAGACGAAUUGAAGCCAUCUUUACCAAGCACAGACAGAGGCUCGGCAAGACUGCCUUCCUUCAGCUCCAGAAGAAACAAGGGGAAGAGGUGGAAGAUGAAAGUCAGACCCUAAGUCUGGAUGAACGACUGACCCGAAUGGAGCAUCAGCUUCAACAGGAGGAGGACAAUGAGAAACAAGAGGAAAAGAAGACAGAGGUUGAGAAGAAAGCAAAGGAUGGGGAGCAAAAGAAGAGCCCCGGUGAUGUUGUUGCUCCUCCCAAACUGGAGAAACAGGUGACUUUCUCUAUUGAAACCAAGGAAAAGGAGGGGAAAGAGCCACCAUUGGAGGAAUACAAUGAGGCGGUGGCUAAGCUGAGCUCUGCCCUCCAAACCCUGCAGAAAGACAUGCAGCGGCUUACAGAACAACAACAAAAUCUCAUGGGAAAGAAAAGCUUGAGUUCUCAAAAAAACACCCUCUCAAAUAAGACGCCUCCAUCUAGUAAGGCAUGGAUCAUCCCGGCCACUCCCAAACCCUCUGCCACACCCCUUGCCACACCCCCUCAUCUUUCAAGAGACUCCACUCAUAUCAUUUCACCCUCUGGAUCUCCAUCACGAUCGAGACAACCUUCUGACACACCCAGAUCCCCCCAAAGCUCUGCAUCAUCCACUCCAUGCAAGUCCCGUAAUGCUGCUCCCAAGAGCCCAAAACGACAGCGUCCCUCUCGCCCCACGGACCUCGGCUUCCAGCCAAUCAAGCGUGUCUUAACACCCCCACAGAACGUUGACACGCUCCCCCAUCUGCGGAGAGUGUCUCCGAGCAAGUGUCAGGUGCAGACCUCGUCCUCGCUACGGCUCGGAGGUCCAUGCACACCACAGGACUCUCCAAAGCAACCUGCUCCGGCCCAAGAAAGCACCUCAGAAUCAGGAUCAAGCGACAAUCACACCCCAAUCUUUACCCUGGAGCUGGAGGCUGGACCUCCAUCUGCACUCCCAGCUGAACUGUUAGGAGGUGGGUGCAGCUCAGGAGCCCCGUCAGAGUGCUCAUUUGAAAGUGACGUUCUCCUCAGCAGCGCUCCCGUGAAAGAUGAGAGGAAGGAGACUGAGGGUGCGGGAACACUGGAGGACGACACAGAUCUAGAACAAGGUCCAGAAAUAUUCUCAUCCGAUUCCAUGAGUGACCAGACAGAGAGUGAGAGCCGAAUGGGGCUUGAUGUUUUCUUCAAGGAGGAGGGUCUCUCGGAUGAGGAAAUGGCCCAGAAAAGAGCUCUGCUGCUGGAAAGACAGCAAAAACGAGCGAAAGAUAUCAAGAGACGAAAACACGGACAAGACCCUGAGAAUAGUCAACAGUCUUCCUCAGAUGACCUGCGACCUUCUCAGACUCCACCUCUUUCACAGUCGCUGCCCACCACAUCAUACACCCCACCCCCUCCCUCUCAGGCCAUGGCCCCCGGCACGCCCCUGCAGUGGGGAGCAUUCACACGGUCAGAAUAUGAACACCGUCAUCAGCUGAAGAUCAUGGCGGAUCUAGAAAAGAUUCUCAAACAGAAACCAGCAAAACACAGUGGCAAAAAACAACACAUACUCAAACCGCACAACAACCAUGAGCUAACUCGCUCACUCUCGCCGAGGAAGAACAGUACAGUUGCAGCUAACCAUAAGAACGGUGGAUCUCAACCAGCUGAUAAACCAGCAUGCCAAUCAGAUUCACCCUCAAAGGUGGUGUCAUCAGGCCAGCCGGCCAAUCAGAACAGAGAGAAAGACUGCGAAAAUAGCUCCAAUGCCUCGUCUCCAGCUUCAAUCCCAGAAUACACUGGUCCUAAAUUGUUUAAGGAACCCAGUUUUAAAUCCAACAAGUUCAUCAUACACAACGCUCUCUCACGCUGUUGCCUUGCAGGCAAAGUCAAUGAAUCACAGAAAAACAAGAUCAUAGAGGAGAUGGAGAAGAGCUCAGCCAGUCACUUUCUGAUUCUUCUGCGAGAUUCCACAUGCCAGUUUCGUGCGGUCUACACUCUUGACGGCCAAUCAGGGGAGCUGCAGCGGCUCUGUGGCAUUGGCCCACGUGUCAUCUCCUCUUCAGCUGUGGAGGCCAUCUAUAAAUACAGCUCCGACAGGAAGCAGUUCAAUGCACUUCCGUCUCGAACCCUGAGCAUGAGUGUAGACGCUUUCACGAUCCCUGCCCAGCUGUGGCACUGCAAGAAACCUGGCACACCCAAAAAAUCAGCCACACCCACUAAAACAACCCCCUCCCACUGAGAUAAACCACUCCCACCAAAACAAACUCCUCCCACAUAUAUAAGCCCACCCCAACACAAAUAAAUCCCUCCCACCAAAACAGCCGUGCCACAGACAUAAACCCAUCUCACCAAAAUGAUCCCCUGCUACUGAGAUAAACCACUCCCACCAAGAAAACUCCUCCUACCUAUAUAAACCCACCCUAACAGAAAUAAAUCCCUCCCACCAAUAAAAGCCCCUGCCACAGACAUAAACCCGUCCCACCAAAAAAAAAACUACUGCUGAGAUAAACCACUCCCACCUAAAUAAACUCCUCCCACCUUUAUAAUCCCGCCCCAACUGAAAUAAAUCCCUCCCACCAAAAAAACCACCUCCCACAGAAAUAAACCCAUCCAUCCAAAACAACCCCUUAUAACUGAGAUAAACCACUCCCACCAAAAUAAACUCCUCCCACUUUUAUUAUCCCACCCCAACUGAAAUAAAUCCCCCCUCCAAAACAACCGCCUCCCACAGAAAUAUACCAGUCCCACCAAAACAACCC